AAAACACAAAACCCGCGGAACUGUUCAAUGGGGUGAUACAGCUCAAUGUUCCGUGAAGACACCCCACUUACCUGACUGGAUGCUUCUGAAUGAAACGUCGAAGCUGUAAGUACAUCAUGUCGAAAUCUGGUACAGCAUCACAUAAACCAGCCAAGAGCAAGAACACACCACCCUGUGGUUCAAUCUCCAGCAUCCUUAAAGGAACUCACAUCGAUGAAGAAGUCAAGAUAGCAGUGAACCUCUGUCUGGAGAGGUUUCGCUACAGUGACGAAAAUGAGAUGGAAUUUCCCUCCUCCUUUACCAGUACUGAGAGGGCUUUCGUUCAUCGACUGGCACAGUCCCUGGGUUACAUUUCUAAGAGCAAAGGAAAAGAACCACAUCGUUUCCUCACCAUCAGGAAGAAGAAUGGUUUAGAGAAACCUCGGCCAACCAUGCUUCUCACGGUCUCCCACAAUUCCUCAUAUUUCAUUCGCAGCUUACUUCAGAGGUUUCCCACCAAUAAGGAACGUAUAGACAUGCAGCCCUACAUCAGAAGUGGUAUGUCUGUGGCUGCUAAACCUGAUAAUAGUUAUGACAAGAACAAGGCAAGCGGGCGCUUAAACAAUGGCAUACCCAUGGUGCCUCGGAGGAGGAAUCCGUCAGAACUGGACAGUUUUCGAUGCUCUCUGCCUGUGCAUGAACGCCAGGAGGAGAUCAUCCAGCUCAUCAGAGAAAACAGGGUGGUGCUGGUAGAGGGAGAGACCGGUUCUGGAAAAACUACACAGAUCCCACAGUUCCUGCUAGAUGAGUGCAGCAGGACUGGAGAACCCUGCAGGAUCUUCUGCACUCAGCCCAGACGCCUGGCUGCCAUUGCUGUGGCUGAGAGAGUGGCAGCUGAGAGAGGAGAGAGCGUGGGCCAGACUGUCGGUUAUCACAUCAGACUAGAGAGCAGGGUCUCCCCCAAGACACUGCUGACCUUUUGCACCAGUGGAGUGUUCCUCAGAACAUUGAUGGCUGGAGAUAGCAGCCUGACAACUGUCACACAUGUAAUAGUGGAUGAGGUGCAUGAGCGUGAUGGUCUGACUGACUUCCUGCUCACUAAGAUGCGGGAUGUGCUUCAGAAGAUCCCCACACUGAAACUGAUCCUCUCCAGUGCGGCUCUGGAUACAGACCUGUUCCUUCAAUACUUUGGCUCCUGCCCUGUCAUCCACCUCAAAGGAAGACAGUUUGAAGUGAAGGAAGUCUUUCUGGAGGACAUUCUGAGGCUGACUGGCUUUAAUAAGGACAUGAGAAAAUUCAAGGAAGAGACACAGAGAAAGGAGAAGAAGCAGAAAUGUUUGAUGGAGUGGUGUAUGGCAGUAGAGCACAGUUCUGUUGAGGAGACACCGAGGACUCCUGUGUCUGCCCCAGGCGUCCUCCAGGACGGCAGCUCCUUGGACAGAGGGGACCGCACUUUCAACAAGCUGAAUGAGAAUGAUACAGAACAUCUGGAGCCAUGGCUGCGGAAGGAGAUGGACUCAAGCAUUUCCAGUGUUUUCCUCAGUGAAGACCAGGUUGCUUUCAUUCAGCUCUUCAACCUCAUCGUCUAUGAAGGUGUUAACGUGGACUACAGGCACAGUGAGACAGGGGCCACGCCUCUGAUGGUGGCAGCAGGUCGAGGGUUCCUCACUCAGAUGGAGCAGCUGCUCAACAUGGGGGCAGACAUCAACAUGAAGGCCUCCAACGGGUGGACAGCCUUAGACUUUGCCAAACACUUCCAGCAGACAGAAGCUAUGGAUCUACUCCAGUCAUCAAUUCCCCUGGGAGAGGUGAGCAGCCUGGAAGAGUCCACUCUGGUGCAGUGUGGCAGUGCAGAGCUGAGCACUGAGGAACAGGAGCUGCUCAAACUGUACCACCACAGCUUUGAUGAUGACCAUGUGGACCUGGACCUCAUCAUGGAUGUGCUGCACAACAUCUGCUCCACCACCACUGAUGGUGCUGUCCUGAUUUUCCUUCCUGGAUACGAUGAGAUAGUGGCACUCAGGGACCGCAUCCUGUAUGACGAUAAGAGAUUCUCCACCAUCUCUGAGAGAUACCAGGUGUUCACUCUACAUUCAGACAUGCAGACUCUGGAUCAGAAGAAAGCCAUGAAGCCCUCUCCACCUGGUGUCCGGAAGAUAAUUCUUUCAACCAACAUUGCUGAGACAAGCAUCACCAUCAACGAUGUGGUCUUUGUCAUUGAUUCAGGAAAGGUCAAAGAGAAGUCCUUUGAUACCCUCAGUCGUGUAUCCAUGUUAAAGAGAGUUUGGAUCUCGAAAGCCAGUGCUCUGCAAAGGAAGGGAAGAGCUGGGCGAUGCCAAUCAGGGAUAUGCUUUCACCUCUUCAGUCGACUCAGGUUCAACAAUAUGCAGGAAUUUCAGGUUCCACAGCUGUUGCGGAUGCCUCUGCAGGAACUGUGUCUGCAAACCAAACUGCUGGCCCCCUCGUACUGUCCAGUAGCUGAGUUCCUGUCCAAAGCUCCACAACCUCCUGCUGGACAUGCCAUCAGGAGUGCUGUGCAGAUGCUAAAGACAAUAGAUGCUAUGGACCAGUAUGAAGACCUGACAGAUCUGGGCUAUCACCUGGCCGACCUGCCUGUGGAGCCCCACCUGGGCAAGAUGGUGCUGUGUGCUGUGGUGCUCAAGUGUUUGGACCCCAUUCUAACCAUUGCCUGUACACUGGCCUAUCGCGACCCCUUCGUCCUUCCUGCCCAGGGCUCUCAGAAAAAAGCUGCUCUACUCUGCCGCAAAUGGUUUACCUCUAACACCCUCAGUGACCACAUGGCCCUGCUGAGAGCCUUCCAGGCAUGGCAGAAGGCCCGCAGUGACGGCUGGGAGAGAACCUUCUGUGAGAAGAACUUCCUGUCCCAGGCCACCAUGGACAUGAUACUUGGAAUGCGGACACAGCUGCUGGGACAGCUCCGUGCCAUUGGUUUUGUGCGAGCCCGUGGGGGCAGUGACAUCCGCGAUGUGAAUCUGAACUCUGAAAACUGGGCUGUGGUGAAAGCAGCCCUGGUGGCUGGCAUGUAUCCAAACCUGGUCCAUGUCAACCAGGAGUCCUCCUUGCUCUCUAGUAACAGGGAGAAGAAGGUCCACUUUCAUCCCACAUCAAUCCUGACCCAUUUCAAGGAGAACAGCCCAGCCAAAUUGGCCCAGGCCCUUCCCACAGACUGGUUGAUCUACGAUGAGAUGAGCCGAGGUCACAGGAUGGCCACUGUCCGCUGUUGCUCCGUGGUGACUCCCAUCACCGUGGCCAUAUUUACAGGCGGUGCAAUACAACCCAGCUCUGCCCUGCAGGAACCUGCUGUACAGAAAGCUAAAGACAGUCUGCUUGUUGACACCAGUGACAGUGAGACAGAGGACCUAGCUGAAAUGAGAGUUGAUGAUUGGCUCAUCUUCCAGUUGGACAGAGAGGCUGCAGGACUGGUGUGUGAAUUGAGGCAGAAGUGGCAGAGUUUGUUCAUCAAGAGGAUCCGUUGUCCUUCAAAACCCUGUUCUCAACAAGACGAGGCCAUCCUACGGACCCUGGUUUCUGUUCUUGCAGCAGAGGAGCAGGAAGCAGGCCUGCAGCAGCCCACAGGCAUUGGCCAGCGGCCUCGGCCCAUGUCAUCAGAGGAUGGCUCCCAGGCUUCUGUUAAGAACUCCAAGCACAGCACCCAACUACACACCAACACCACCGAUGACAGGCCUUGUAGGAUGCCAGCAACCCCAAAUCUGCAACAGAAGAAAGCCAGCAGUAGAGAUGAAACCUCACUGCCCAUAAAUCAGCUCUCAGAUGACCCUCACUCCUCCAGCUCUGUGACCUUGGACAAUCCCUCUGACAGCCCGUGUCUGUCCUCCUCAGGAAAGAUCCUAAAGUCACUGUUCCCUCAGUGGGCUGUUUUAUCAGUGCGGUACUUCAUCAUGAAGAGCAGCAAUGUCAGGAACAUAGACAUUUCUCAGCAGAAAGGGAUCUGGUCCACCACACCAAGCAAUGAGAACAAACUCACCAAGGCCUUCAUGGAGAAUAACCUCAUCAUCCUCAUCUUCUCUGUUCAGGGCUCUGGACACUUCCAGGGCUAUGCUCGCAUGACAUCAGCUGUCAGUCAGGAGAGCUGCCAGGACUGGGGCUUCAUGGGACUAGGAGGAGUUUUCAGUGUAGAGUGGAUCCACAAGGAAAGUCUUCCCUUCCACUGCACCCAACACAUCCUCAACCCAUGGAACGACAACAAGAAGGUCCAGAUCAGCAGAGAUGGACAGGAGUUAGAGCCCCAGGCAGGCAGCCAACUUUUGUCACUAUGGGAGAGAAACCCAAGGAACCAAGUGAAGUAAAAAACGGCAGCAGAACACCUCUCUGCACUUUUGUUUUCUAGGACGGCUGACAUGUCAUACUUCUACUGACUGCACUACCAGUUCAGGAGAGAUGACAGGACAGUGGAAGAAGGACCCAUUCAUUCAAGUUCAGCUCUUGGCUUCUUCUGUUUCUGUGUUUUGUGUAUUGAAUAAGUUCUCGUUCAGGUUUCAUUCCUGUUAUUCAGAAUGGUACUCAUGUUCAAAUCAAACACUAUGUUCACAGUAAAAUGUAUGUGGCUCUGUGGAUGUUAUAAAAUGAUUUUUUUUUUUUAAAUCUUACAAUAAUUAGAAUGAAUGAAACGUGUGUAUCACUAUUUUUGAUUUGAUAAAUGCAGAAGCCAUUACAGUUCAGUCAGAUUGUUGUAAUGAUAUCCAGUUAGUUUUAUGGUAAUGUUUUAAGAGACUGACAAAUGUAUAAACAAGGCUUCUCUUCACACCCAGUAGGAACUUUGGAGAUUGUGUCUCUUAGAAUGGUUUAAAAUGUUGUGAUAACGUUAAAGUGCCUCAGGCUCCAUCAUCAGGGACUCCUUUUGGGACUCAUUUGAACCUGUUUGUCAAUGUUUUGCUUCCUGGAUAAAGACAGAAAUUAGUUAAUAUAUAUUGUUUGCAUUUGAAUCUUGAACUUCAAGCAGGUUCAUUUUCUGGAUGAGGAGACUGUUGAGUCCAGGUUUCCUUAUGACUGUGUUAACGAGUUGACAAAAAUAAAUAGUGAUUUCCACUUAACACUGUCAAAGUGUGAUUUCCUCUGACUGUCCAGGUGCCAGAAUCCACAUGAAAGAAAACAGCUGCUAAUAAAAUUGCUGAUACAUUCA